UUCAAAUAUCGACAGGUUCCUAGUUUACCGGCAGACUAGAGAAUAAGCAAGCAAAAUAAUCUAAGUUGGCACCCGCACAGUGCCCGUGGAGACGUGAGCCGCGGCAGUGGCACCACCACACACCUCAACACGAUGGUGUCUGCUCUGCUGCGCUCCAUUAAGGGGGUGUACACUUUAACCCUUCGGCGAGGCUACAGUUCAUCAGCACCCACCACAAAACUCUUCAUCAAUGGGAAGUUCGUUGAGAGUAAGACCAAUGAGUUCAUUGAUGUCCAUAAUCCUGCCACAAAUGAGGUUGUGACGCGGGUGCCACUGUCGACUCAGGAUGAGAUGGAGGCAGCUGUGUCAGCUGCCCGGGAGGCCUUCACCACCUGGAGCCAGACGUCGGUCCUCACACGCCAGCAGGUCAUGUUCAAGUACCAGCAGAUCAUCAGGGACAACAUUCAUGAACUGGCUAAGAUCAUCACCCAGGAGCAAGGGAAGACUCUGGUGGAUGCUGAGGGAGAUGUCAUGAGAGGCCUGCAGGUGGUGGAGCACUGCUGCAGCAUCACCAGCCUUCAGCUUGGGGAGACCAUGCCCAGCAUCUCUAAGGACAUGGACACACACUCAUACCGGAUGCCCCUUGGUGUGUGCGCUGGCAUUGCUCCAUUCAACUUUCCUGCCAUGAUUCCCCUCUGGAUGUUUCCUGUUGCCUUGGUGUGUGGCAACACCUACGUGUUUAAGCCUUCGGAGCGAGUCCCCGGGGCAAGCAUGAUGCUGGUGGAGAUGUUACAAGAAGCUGGCUGCCCCAGUGGAGUGGUUAAUGUGAUUCAUGGCCAGCACAAGGCUGUCAACUUCAUCUGUGAUGACCCACACAUCAGGGCCAUCUCCUUUGUAGGCUCUGACACUGCUGGUCGUUACAUCUAUGAACGUGGCUCCAUGAAGGGCAAGCGAGUGCAAUCUAACAUGGGCGCCAAAAACCAUGGGGUAGUUAUGCCCGAUGCAAAUAAAGAGAGCACUCUCACUCAGCUGGUGGGUGCUGCCUUUGGUGCUGCUGGACAGAGGUGCAUGGCACUGAGUACUGCAGUAUUUGUGGGUGAGUCUGCCAAGUGGCUGCCAGAGCUGGUAGAGCGUUCAAAGAAGCUCAAGGUGAAUGCUGGACAUGAGGCUGGUGCAGAUUUGGGUCCCGUCAUCUCCCCAGCUGCCAAGGAACGAAUCUGCAGCUUGGUCCAAUCCGGCCUAGAUGAGGGUGCCAAUUGCCUGCUGGAUGGCCGCAAUAUUGUGGUGCCAGGUUAUGAGAAUGGCAACUUUGUCGGCCCAACUAUCCUUGCAGAUGUCAAGCCCAACAUGACAUGCUACAAAGAGGAGAUCUUUGGCCCUGUGCUGGUGACCCUUGCAGUAGACACCCUAGAUGAGGCCAUUGAGGUGAUAAAUGCUAACCCGUACGGCAAUGGCACUGCCAUCUUCACCACUAAUGGUGCCACUGCUAGAAAGUUCACCUAUGGUGCUGAUGUUGGCCAGGUGGGGAUCAACGUGCCCAUUCCUGUUCCUCUGCCCAUGUUUUCUUUCACUGGCUCCCGAGGAUCCUUCAUGGGUGAUGCCAACUUCUAUGGAAAGGCUGGCAUCAAUUUCUACACGCAACUGAAGACCGUGACGCAAAUGUGGCGAGAAACUGACAUAACGCCUACACAGUCUGCCACUGCUAUGCCAGUCAUGCGCUGAGCAAUCCCCUGCAUGGUGUUAAUGAAGAGUUCCUCUAGUAAACACGCCACUGUGGAUUGUAACUGAUUGACUCAAGCCAUGUAGUAAGAGGCACCACUGUGGAUUGUGACUGAUUAACUCAAGCCAUGUAGUUCAGAGGCAGCUUAUCUUAAAUUAAUUGCACAGCAUGAAGCAGGUAGGUCAUCUCUAUAUAGUAUAAUUCAUAGAUUCUAUUACCUUUAUUGUACAAACCUUUUCCAAGAAUUUGCUAAGGAAACAUUCCAAUCAUGGGGAACAGAAUUUACCAAAAAUUAUACUUCAUAUACCAAGUGUAAUUACAAGAGCAUUAAUAAAAAAGGUUCCUAAGUAAA